AUGGAUAUUCCAUAUGCUGAUAAUGAUGCUGAUGAGACAGAUGCUGCUCUCCUGAUCGAAUUCAGGAAUCUUUCUGACGAAGAGAGACGCAUUCUAGAUCAACUUGUCCAAGAAUGUCUGAAUGAAGAAGAAGAAGAUGUGAUUAUCCAAGAGCUUGAACAAGCUCUUGAGAUAAAUGAAGAAGAAGUCAUCAUAGAAAAUGUGACUGAGGAGGCUUUUAAAGCUCAUAUUGAAGAAGAUAAGACCAUGUCUCAAACUUUGAACUCAAGGGAAGAAGAAAGAGAGAACUUUGGCAAUAUUUUCAAGAUCCUCAUUGAGCUGGAUAAUACUUUGAAAAAGAACACAUAUGAGACCCAUAUCGUGAAUGUAAACUUUUCAAAGUUUAAAAAGGAUCUCUUCAACCGUCAAAGUGAAUUGUUGGACAUUGAAAGAAAUUUCAAUGAUGAACGCCAUAAGAAAACCUUGGAAGAAUUCAGUCUGGUGAAGAAUCAGAUGGUGGAAAUUCAGGGUUGCAUGAGAAGGAAUGACAAUGAACGUCAAGAAUUCGCUGACUCCAUUACUAGGAAGUUUCAAGCAAAGGAGGAUGCAAAGGCCAAUGCUGAAGGUUCUCAACCUCGACCAGUUCAAGGAGAAUCAAGCAGAAGAAAUGAUGGUGUGUCAACCGGCACAAGAUCUAGCAAAUCUUCGCCAAAACUUAUUUACAGUUAUAAGAAUAAUUUCAAUGCAUUUGUCGCUCUAUUAACAAAUGACGAAGUUCAAAAGAUAUUAUUAACAAAAGGAGUAAUAUCUGUCUUUCCUAAUAAAAUCAACCAUAUACUUACAACAAGAUCUUGGGAUUUUAUUGGAUUUCCUCAAACGGUUAAAAGACAAAACACGGUUGAAAGCGAUAUUAUUAUUGGAGUACUGGAUACUGGAAUAUGGCCAGAAUCGAAUAGCUUUAUAGAUGAAGGGUUUGGACCACCCCCAAGUAAAUGGAAGGGUUCUUGUGAAGGGCUAACUAAUUUCACUUGCAAUAACAAAAUAAUCGGAGCAAGGUACUACAAUAAAGAUAAAGACUUCAACAAAGAUGAUAUUGAGUCUCCUAGAGACACAGAUGGUCAUGGAACUCAUGUAGCAUCAAUUAUAGCUGGUGGCCUUGUUAGUACAAGCUUCUAUGGUCUUUCUAACGGUACAGCUCGAGGAGGAGUCCCUUCUUCUCGAAUCGCGGUAUAUAAAGUAUGUUGGUCAUCCGGUUGCUUAUCGAGCGACAUCAUGACAGCAUUUGAUGAUGCCAUCAACGACGGGGUUGACAUAAUAUCAUAUUCUCUCGGACAACACAUUGUUAGCAACUAUUUUAAUAAUGUAUUAUAUAUUGGAUCUUUUCACGCAAUGACUAAAGGAAUUUUAACUACAAUGGCUGGCGGAAACAAUGGUCCGGGAAUGGGAACUAUAGGUAAUAUUUCUCCAUGGGCACUUACAGUUGCAGCAAGCAGGACUGAUCGUAAAUUUAUUACCAAUCUGAAGUUGGGUGAUGGUACAACAUUAGAGGGAAUUUCAGUGAACACUUUUGAUCCUAAUGGUUUCUUUCCUAUAGUGCAUGCUGCUAAUGUGAAAAGGAGAGGCUUCUGUCUUCCUAGUUUUAGGUUCUGCCGUUCAAAAUCACUUAAUCCACGGUUGGUAAAGGGUAAAAUUAUAGUUUAUGACGAAUUACAUACAGGAGAAGCAGCUCUUUUGGCUGGAGCAGUUGGUAUGGUAUUGAUCCGAGAAAAUAUAUCUUCAAUAACUGCUAAUAUUUAUUCCCUUCCUACAACUUUGGUUGGCUAUGAGGAUGGAAGACAAAUCUUGAACUAUAUUAAUAGAACAAGAAAAGCAACUGCAAACAUCAUGAAGAGCUAUGAAAUUGUUGAUGAGUUUGCACCAUAUAUUUCACCUGACUCGUCUAGGGGACCAAAUACUUUAACAUUUGGCAUCCUAAAGCCGGAUUUGUCUGCACCUGGUGAUAAUAUAUUGGCAGCGUGGACACUUGCGAAUUCUCCUACGAAUCUAAAAAUUGAUAGAAGAAGAGUUCCUUAUUCAAUCCAAUCGGGCACAUCAAUGGCAUGCCCACAUGUUAGUGCCGCGGCUGCAUAUGUCAAAUCUUUUAAUCCAUCGUGGUCUCCAUCAGCUAUAAAAUCGGCUCUUAUGACAACUGCAUUCACCAUGAGUGCAAUGAAAACUCUAGAAAAAGAAUUUGGUUAUGGAGCAGGACUCAUAAAUCCUAUAGCGGCGAUCGAUCCUGGACUUGUAUAUGAUGCCAAUAAAGAGGAUUAUAUACAGUUCUUGUGCAGUCUAGGAUAUACCAAUCAACAAAUGCACUAUCUUACGGGUGACAAUAGCACAUGCACCGAGUUUGUGAAACAAUAUGACUGGAAUCUUAAUAUGCCUUCAUUUUGCUUCCUUACCCUUCCGUUGAAAAGUUUUAAGGUCACAUUUCUUAGGAAAGUUACAAACGUGGGCUUGACAUCGACUACUUACAAUGUCAAAAUUGAUUCUUCAGAGAAAUUGAAAAUACAUGUUUUCCCCGAUACAAUCUCUUUCACGGGUGUCGGACAAACUCAAUCAUUCACGGUGACCGUUGAGGGAAUAAUUCCUCCAUCGACAAUUGUUAGUGCUUCUUUGUCAUGGGUAGACGUCACACAUAAAGUGAGAAGUCCCAUUGUUAUUUAUACAUUAUAA